AUAGCUCUCCGGCCGGGAGCGCUGCAGCGCGCUCUGCUCGCUCGGGGCUCGGCGUCGAGCGUGGUCCCCUCCCGGUCCCGAAGGCGCGCGCCGGCCGGCGACAUGGGAAACGCGGAACCGGCGUGGCCCGGUCGCGGCUCCCAGUCUGCGCCCGCCUGGCUGCUGCUCGCGGCGGCCGUGGUGCUGCUGGUGGUGCCCGGCGUGCGCGGGCGCCCGGCAGAGGAGGACGAGGAGCUGGUGCUGCCGGUGCUGGAGCGCGCCGCGGAAGCCGGCACCACGCGCCUCCGCCUGGACGCCUUCGGCCGCCAGCUGAACCUGGAGCUGCACCCGGAUCGCGGCUUCCUGGCGCCCGGCUUCACGCUCCAGACCGUGGGGCGCAGACCCGGGCCCGACGCCCCGCUCCCAGACCCCUCCGGCGACCUGGCACACUGCUUCUUUUCCGGCACGGUGGACGGCGACCCCGGCUCCACCGCGGCUCUCAGCCUCUGCGAGGGCGUGCGCGGCGCCUUCUACCUGAGGGGCGAGGAGUACUUCAUCCAGCCCGCGCCGGCCACCGCCACCGUGCGCCUCAGCUCUGCCGCGGGGGAGGAGCCGCCGGCGGGGUCCCCGCUCCACCUCCUGCGGCGGAGGCGGCGGGGCGGCGGCGCCAAGUGCGGGGUCGUGGAGGAAGAGUCCCGGCCUGCCCAGGCCCCCGGACCGGAGGGCGAGGACGCCGGGGCGCAGUGGUCCCCGCAGGAUCGGGUGUCGACGCGCUCUGGACAGCCCUCAGGAACUGGAAGUGUAAGAAAGAAGCGCUUUAUAUCCAGCCCCCGCUAUGUGGAGACCAUGCUGGUAGCAGACCAGACCAUGGCAGAGUUUCACGGCAGCGGCCUAAAGCACUACCUCCUCACCUUGUUCUCGGUGGCAGCAAGGCUCUACAAGCACCCGAGCAUUCGGAAUUCAAUUAGCCUGGUGGUAGUAAAGAUCCUGGUCAUCUAUGAGGAGCAGAAGGGGCCAGAAGUGACUUCCAAUGCUGCCCUCACAUUACGGAACUUUUGCAACUGGCAAAGACAGCACAACACACCCAGUGACCGGGACCCACAGCACUAUGACACAGCUAUUCUUUUCACCAGACAGGACUUAUGUGGGGCUCACACUUGUGAUACUCUUGGAAUGGCUGAUGUUGGAACGAUGUGUGAACCCAGCAGAAGCUGCUCUGUCAUCGAAGAUGAUGGCUUACAAGCUGCCUUCACUACAGCCCAUGAAUUAGGCCAUGUGUUUAACAUGCCGCACGAUGAUGCCAAACAGUGUGCCAGCAUCAAUGGUGUGAGGCUGGAUUCCCACAUGAUGGCUUCCAUGCUCUCCAAUCUGGACCGCAGCCAGCCGUGGUCUCCCUGCAGCGCCUACAUGAUUACGUCAUUCCUGGAUAAUGGUCAUGGGGAAUGUUUGCUGGACAGGCCCCAGAGCUCCAUAAAGCUUCCCUCCGAUCUACCUGGGACCUUGUACGAUGCCAACCGACAGUGCCAGUUUACUUUUGGUGAGGAGUCCAAACACUGCCCAGAUGCAAGCAGCACAUGCACGACACUCUGGUGCACCGGCACCUCUGGCGGGCUGAUGGUGUGCCAAACUAAACACUUCCCCUGGGCGGACGGCACCAGCUGCGGGCCGGGGAUGUGGUGUGUCAACAGCAAGUGUGUGAACAAGACCGACAAGAAGCAUUUUGAUACUCCUGUUCACGGAAGCUGGGGACUGUGGGGACCCUGGGGGGACUGCUCCAGGACUUGUGGUGGAGGAGUUCAGUACUCUGUGAGAGAAUGUGACCACCCGGUGCCAAGGAACGGAGGGAAAUACUGCGUAGGCAAACGCAUGCGCUACCGGUCGUGUAACAUCGAGGACUGUCCAUACACUAAUGGAAAAACCUUCCGAGAGGAGCAAUGUGAGGCACAUAACGACUUCUCUAAAGCCCCCUUUGGGAGUGGGCCGGUGGUGCAGUGGGCACCCAAGUAUGCUGGAGUCUCACCAAAGGACAGGUGCAAGCUCAUCUGCCAAGCCAAAGGCAUUGGCUACUUCUUCGUUUUGCAGGCCAAGGUGAUAGAUGGUACCUCUUGCAGCCCAGAUUCCACCUCUGUCUGCGUGCAAGGCCAGUGUGUAAAAGCCGGUUGUGAUCGCAUCAUAGACUCCAGUAAGAAGUUUGAUAAAUGUGGUAUUUGUGGAGGAAACGGAUCUACUUGCAAGAAAAUAUCAGGAUUAGUUACUACUGCCAAACCUGGAUAUCAUGAUGUGGUCACAAUUCCAAUCGGAGCCACAAACAUUGAGGUGAAACAGCGGAAUUCGAGAGGAUCCAGAAACAACGGAAGCUUUCUCGCCAUCAAAGCUGCCAAUGGCACCUAUAUCCUGAAUGGCAACUUCACCUUGUCCACCUUAGAGCAAGACAUUAUGUACAAAGGCAGCGUCCUGAGGUACAGCGGCUCGUCGGCAGCCUUGGAAAGAAUCCGCAGCUUCAGCCCUCUCCAAGAGCCCUUGACCAUCCAGGUGCUCACGGUGGGCAAAGCCGUGCGACCUAAGAUUAAAUACACCUACUAUGUGAAGAAGAAGAAGGAGUCUUUCAACGCCAUCCCUACGUUCUCAGAAUGGGUCAUCGAGGACUGGAGCGAGUGUUCCAAGUCCUGCGGGCUGGGCUGGCAGAGGAGAGUGGUGGAGUGCCGGGACCUUCACGGGCAGCCGGCUUCCGAGUGUGCCAAGGAGCUGAAGCCAGCCAGCACGCGACCUUGUGCCGACCUUCCCUGUCCUCGCUGGCAGCUGGGGGACUGGUCCCCGUGCUCCAAGACUUGUGGGAAGGGUUACAAAAAGAGAACCUUGAAAUGUCUGUCCCAUGAUGGAGGGGUACUGCCUAAUGAGAGUUGCGAUCCUUUAAAGAAACCUAAACAUUACAUAGACUUUUGCACCCUGGCACAAUGCAGCUAAGCCAUGUGUGUGUG